UGUUGGUUUUUUUGUCACCUGCACGAUCAAAGCCAGUGAGAUACCGCCAUCAGUGACAUGCCUUGCCUUCGCCCUGCGUCCUUGUCCACUUGCUCUGGCUCCAGCAAUGUUGCCUCUCGUUUUUCUGGUUGCGUGGAAACUAAAAGGCUGCACUGAGCAAAGCCCUGAACUGUAGGAGCAUUUCCAGUGGCGCGUCGUGGUUGCCAGAGCGGCUCUCAGCACAAGUUUAACGAGCUGCAAGAGGACCUGAUGGAAGCGAACCAAAAUAUUGAGCGAAUCGCUUUGCGGGGAGCGCUCUGAUCUGCUGGAACCAUUUCAUUGUUGGACACUUGCUGAGAAAACAUCAUGAAAAGGAGAGGGAAAGCGGCAAAGACGCUCAACAGCUACUGGGGAGGUUGAUGUGGACUUCGCCUCCUGCGCCCAGGUGGUGCUUCCUGGAGCAUGCCCGUAUCCCACGAUGUCCCUACCUGCAGACUGGUUGCUGCGCCACUCAGUGGUCAUGUGUUUGCUGCUCCACAGCCUGGUGCUAAUGACCUUCUGCUUCCACCACGCUGCCACCAGUUGCUCCAAGAGCUGCUACUGCUCUGAGAGCGAGCUCGGUGGCAAGACGGUGCGCUGCAGCAAUUUGCAGCUCACAGAGAUCCCCCAGGAUAUCCCCAAUGACACACAACGCGUCUACCUGGACUUCAACCUCUUCACUACAGUACCAGCUAAUGCUUUUGCAGGUUUGCCCCAUCUGGUUGAGCUGGAUCUAUCACACAAUGAACUAAGCCAGUUAGAACCAGGGGCAUUCAGAGGCCUGGGCUCCUCACUGCGUUUCCUAGACCUUUCUUCUAAUAAGUUAGUCAACUUUAACGCUGAGGCCUUCGAGGGCCUGCGGUCUCGCGCCAACCUGACAAACAAUCCGUGGCAUUGUGACUGCAACAUGCAGAUGGCCAUGUCCCGUGUGGACCUGGAGCCUGCGUCGCUGACGGGCAUUGUGUGCCAGACUUCAGAGCCAGAGGAAAUAGGAGUUCAAGGACUUGCCUUCCUGUUGGCACCAGACAUAGACCUAUGUGUGGUGAUGAAGAGGACUACAGAUGUGGCCAUGCUGGUCGUCAUGUUUGGCUGGUUCACCAUGGUCAUCUCAUACCUGGUCUACUAUGUCAGGGCUAAUCAGGAGGACGCCCGCAGGCACCUGGAGUAUCUCAAGUCGUUGCCAAGCAGGCAAGGCAAGUCAGAGGAGUCUUCCACAAUUAGUACUGUGGUAUAGGGCUGACGGAGCUACAAGUGGGACAAAACACCAAACAAGAUGGAGCUACUACUACACGGUCAUGAUCAGCCUCAGAUGGUUUUGCUCAGCUGUUGUCACGGAGCCAACAUGGGCAGUAAGACGUGUGCAUCUGCACAAGUAAACCAGGUCGAUGCAACCUAGCCCAGAUGAAUAAUUCAUCUUUAAGCUACCCAUUAGGAGUUUUUGUUGACUGGCUGAGUUGAUAGUUUAGUCUGUGCGCUAAGGGAGUAAAAGCGGCUCAUGUUUUUGACGAACUCCAAAUAUGGGAUACAAAUGGGAUUUAUCCAGUGGUGCAUGCACCUAGAUGCACCUCGCUUGCAAACAGACAAUUACGGAGACGACGUCAAACAUCAAUAUGGACAAUAAGAAAACGCUAGAAUGGGGAACUCCAUGUACAACUGUUUUCCAUUAAAACCCUUACGGUAUUCACCAGUAUAUUCAAAGUAAAAGGAUGUUUUCCAAUUAAAUUGUUGUUUUUUGGGGUUUGUGUUGCUGAAUGCAGUCAACUGUCUCAAA